AUGAGACUCGGCGUACAGCUACCGUUGGCCUUCUUGUCUUUGCACCUCGGCCGCUUCACCCUGGCUGUGGAUACCUGGUGCGGGAAAGCAUACAGAUCCAGUGACCCCGCCGUUGACCCUGGAGGACGAAUCGUUGCACCACCCAGAUCGCCUGCCCCAUUGCUCAACCUGAAAAUCCGUCCGCGUGCGCAGCCUUAUCUCGAAGAGGACAUUGUUGGGACUUUCAUCGUUGAUGCUCCUCUUUCGUACUUCUAUGGACAGCCCUACGAUAACACACUCUUUGGCCAACAGAAUGACAGAGCUUUGAAGCUCUUAUCUAAUGUUUCCGAAUACAACACAAUAUCGUUCUAUGUCAACAGAUCAGAUGAUGCGAUUCGACCUAUCUCUUAUGCCACAGUCAAAUUGAACUCGACGGGCACUUUGUUUGACUUCGAUCUGAGCGAAUUUGAACCUAGAUUUGAGCCAUACAAUCUUUCAGUCGUGGCUAUGGACCCGAAUAACCAUAUCUACAUGGCGUCAACGCAACUUUUGCGACUGCCAAGUCGUUCUGAUGGCGGAAGUGUUACCAAGAUUGACAGCCUUCACGGUGGAUUACUUGUAAAGGCUACCACUAUAUCUAAUAGUAGUUCUGGCGCAUGGACCCCGCUGUUUCCGUACUCUUUCUAUCUUGACGGAAAUUGGCUCGGCGAAGAUCCAAAGAAUAUGAACGUCCUGAAGAACUAUGGCUACAAUGUACUUCACAUUGUCCCUGCAGGCGGUCUUGGUUACGAUUUCGAGCAGCUGGAUGAAUGGCUCGAUCAAGCGCAACAGCUUGGCUUAUGGAUUAUGUUCGACAUGAGGUGGCAGUACCAGAACGCAUCAGGUGUAGACUGGCAGGUCAAUCAAUUGAAGAGAAGACCGAAUAUGCUCCUUUGGUAUACCGCAGACGAGCCAGAUGGGCAAGUGGAUGCGUUGAAUGCACCCAAGCGAGCAUAUGAUCAGAUCAAAUCCCUUGACCCAUAUCAUCCCGUUUCACUUUGCCUAAACUGCGAGAACUAUCAUUAUCAAGAAUACUCUACAGGCGCUGACAUCAUCCUCUCUGAUGUUUAUCCCAUUGGCACAAACACGUCAUGGUCCACCCAAUACGGCACCGUCUGCAACUCCACCUACGGCUGCUGCGGCUGCGACAAUUGCCAAGGCUACAACAACCUAUCCAACGUCCCUGCCCGCCUAGACAUCUAUCGCGAAUACCAAAUGCAGCUUGGCCUCCCGCCAAAGGUCCUCUGGGGUACACCGCAGGCUUUUGGCAAUUCAGAGUUUUGGAAGCAAACGCCGACACCGGAAGAGGAACUCGCUAUGACUCUGUUGAGUGUCAACCAUGGCGCUAAGGGUAUCAUUAUGUGGACGUUUCCGACGACGCCAGACUUGACCGAUGUUACGAGUAGGCUGGCGAAGGUGCUGACAGGCACUUGCGCUGAAUACUUGCUUGGAGCUGAUAUCAUAACGGGCCUGGCUGUCGAUGGGACCAGCGCGGUCGAUGCAAGCGCAUGGAGGGUUGGGAACUCCAUCCUUCUGAGCAUCGUCAAUUCGGACUACCAGGACAUGACAGGGCCUGUCACUCUACAUCUUCCUGCUGAAAUUGUUGCAACAAGCAUCAGUACUGUCUUAUGGGGCGAUGCAGAGUGGCGUGUGACAAACGUGGACUCCAAAACGCAGAUACAGAGAUCGGGCUUACAAGGUUUGAGCUCUGACAUCCUUAUUCUAAGCUUGGAGCUGCCGCUAUUCGUGGAAGAACAGGAUUCAACGGCAGUAGCUUGA